AUGGCCUCCAGCUUGAUGUUUGCGCGGGAUCCGAGGCAGUCUAGCGGGCUCCUGGGCACCGGCGAGCGGGUCAGCGGCGCCGAGGUCCGCGAGCAGAACGUCCAGGCGGCCGUUGCCAUCGCCAACAUCGUUCGCACGAGUCUGGGGCCGCACGGGCUGGACAAGAUGCUCGUCGACGACAUUGGAGACGUGACGAUCUCGAACGACGGCGCCACCAUUCUCCAACUCAUCGAGGUCGAGCACCCUGCCGGCCGCAUCCUCGUCGAGCUCGCUCAGCAGCAGGACAAGGAGGUCGGAGACGGUACCACUUCCGUCGUCAUUGUCGCUGCCGAGCUCCUCCGUCGCGCGAACGACCUCGUCAAGAACAAGAUCCACCCGACUACCGUCAUCACCGGCUACCGCCUCGCUUGCAAGGAGGCCGUCCGAUACUUGACAGAGCAGCUCAGCGUCAAGGUCGACCAGCUCGGCAAGGAGUGCUUGGUCAACAUUGCCAAGACCAGCAUGUCGAGCAAGAUCAUCGGAGCCGACGACACCUUCUUCGCCAAUCUCGCCGUCGAUGCCAUGCUUGCCGUCAAGACGAUCAACGCCCGCGGAGACGUCAAGUACCCCGUCAAGGCUGUCAAUGUCCUGAAGGCCCACGGCAAGAGCGCGACCGAGUCCAUCUACGUCAAGGGCUACGCGCUCAACUGCACCGUUGCUUCGCAAGCGAUGAAGACCCGCAUCACCGGCGCCAAGAUUGCUUGCCUCGACAUGAACCUGCAGAAGACCCGCAUGCACCUCGGCGUUCACAUCACGAUCGACGACCCCGAACAGCUCGAGGCGAUCCGCAAGAGGGAGUACGAGAUCACGCUCGAGCGCGUCCGCAAGAUCCUCGCAUCGGGCGCCAACGUCAUCCUGACGACGAAGGGCAUUGACGACCUGUGCUUGAAGGAGUUCGUCGAGGCGGGCGCGAUGGCUGUCAGGCGGUGCAAGAAGGAGGACCUCCGCCGGAUCGCCAAGGCGACGGGCGCGACGAUGGUCAGCAGUUUGGCGAACCUCGAGGGCGAGGAGACGUUUGAGGCGAGCUACCUCGGUCAGGCGGAGGAAGUCGUGCAGGAGCGGAUUAGCGACGACGAGCUCAUCCUCGUCAAGGGUACCAAGGUCGUCAGCUCGAGCUCCGUUAUCCUGCGUGGUGCGAAUGACUACCUGCUCGACGAAAUGGAGCGCGCGCUGCACGACUCGCUCUGCGCAAUCAAGCGGACACUCGAGAGUGGCAGCGUUGUUCCCGGUGGCGGAGCGGUCGAGACGGCCUUGAGCAUCUACCUCGAGAACUUUGCGACGACUCUCGGCUCUCGCGAGCAGCUCGCCAUUGCAGAAUUCGCUGCCGCCCUCCUCGUCAUUCCCAAGACUCUCGCAGUCAACGCCGCCAAGGACAGCACCGAGCUCGUCGCCAAGCUCCGCGCGUACCACAAUGCUGCGCAAUCAGCUCCCGUCAGCGACCCCCGCCGAGGCCUGCGAUACUACGGUCUCGACUUGAUGAAGGGCGAGGUGCGGGACAAUGUCAAGGCUGGCGUGCUCGAGCCGAUGGUCAGCAAGGUCAAGAGCUUGAAGAGUGCGCUCGAGGCGUGCACAGCACUGCUGCGCAUCGACGACCGGAUCACGGUCCCUCCCGAGCAGAAGGGCGAGGACCCUCACGGUCACUGA